AUGCCGAUACAUCGGCAGGCGGUCAGCGCGGUCGCCGCAGCAAGCCUGGCCGUGUACCUUUUCAAGCGGCUUCGCUCUGCUCGUGAAUCAGACGACGACGGCGGCUCAAUCUGCCCCGGCGUCGAGCUCGUGGGUAACGCUCCCGACAUCCAGCCUGAGCGGGUACGCGUGGAGACCUCCAAAGGGCCUGUGCUCGGCUUUCGGCGCUUUCGCGGCGCAAGUGGAGGCAUAGCGGUGCACUUCCGCGGCCUGCCAUUUGCGGCCUCGACAGCGGGCACCAAUCGCUGGAUAGGUCCGCAGCCGCGAGCCCCGUGGACGGAGCCGCUCGACUGCACAACAUACGGCGAAGCUUGCCGCGAGACGACCGCAGAGAUCCAGGGAUUGGCAAAGCAGUUCGGGAAGGCAAAGGUCAGCAAGCUCGAGGCUUCGGGCCGCGUGGGCGACGAUUGCCUCAACCUCAACAUCGUCACUCCGUCCGUCACCGGCGUGCUUCCGGUGAUGGUUUGGAUCCACGGCGGUAGCAAUGCAAUAUCAAGCAACCAUGGCAACUGCCUCGGUUGGAGCCCGACGACGUCAGAGUACUUUGCUCAGGCCGGUGUGGUCUCGGUGUCCAUCAACUAUCGCCAAAAUAUGCACGGCUUUGCCCACUUCCCUUCCCUUGGCGUCACCAACCUAGCCCUGCGCGAUAUGCUCGGCGCCCUGCAGUGGGUGCAAGACGAGAUUCGCACCUUUGGGGGCGACGCUUCCAACGUCACCAUCUACGGAGAGAGCGCUGGAGGGGUCGGCGUCGCGACGCUGCUAGCAUGCCCAGGCGCGCGGAUGCUCUUCCACAAGGCGAUUGUGCAGUCAGGUGCGAUAUCCGCACUCUCUCGGCUCGAUUAUCGCGAGCACGUCGAGCCCGACUACGUCGCCGCUAUCGCCAAAGCGACGGGCUGCAGGGAGGAGUUGACCCGCUCGGCGCUUGACGGCCUCGACGGUGAGAAGGUCGCAUUUGCGGCGGGGGCGCUGAGUAAUAGCUUGCUCAAGACGCACCACAUCCUCUGCUCGCCGCCCGACUACCACCACAUUUUUGGCGACGACGUGCUGCCGCGCGAGCCGCACCAGGCCAUUGCGGCGGGCAGUGCGGCGGGCAAGCCUGUGAUGCUGAUCUCUACCGCGAGCGAGUCGGAUAUUAUGGUCAUGGGAAUGGGCAAGCGCAUCAUGUCGUGGGUGGCGUCCUUUGUCGCUCGCUUCGCUCUGCGCGGUGUCGGCUGCAGCUUCCUCACUCCGCCUGACGAGGCGGGCCUCCCCUCCGGCGCGCUCAGGAGCGCGGUGGCGGACUUGACCGCCGGUUUCGAUGCGAUCGACACCAGGCAGCCCGGUUGGCAGCGGCUCGUCAACUAUCUCUUCGGGACUUGCGGCGUCGCCGUCUCUCGCCUCGCAGAGGCACUCGGAGCCGGCGGCGCGGGGCCGCUGCACGCUGGUCUUCUCGAGCUCUCUCCGGAAGAGUCCCCGAAGUUGUGUUCGGGCCACGGCGCCGACUGCUUCGUGCUCUUCCGCAGCGACACACCUCAGUACGAUCGCUACCUCGCAGAGAUGUUUUGCGGCAGGCCGGCGUUCGCAGCCAGCUUCGACACACUCUGCAGGUCGACGGUGGCGAGCUGGGCCGCUUUUGCAAGGAGCGGCCGGCCCGGCCCAUUCGGCGGUUGCGAGUGGCCGCCGCUGCCCGCGUGCUUGCGGUUGCGCUCGGACUCGCCCGCACCUGAGCUCUCCGAGCACGCGGCCGACUCGAAGGAGCUCGAGCUCUGGCGGACCGUCUGCGACCGAUACGGUCUUCCUCGGGGCCGGCUAUAG